GGCGCAUCGAAGGCAGUUGAAGCUAGGCACACUCAUGGAUGUCAGUCGUGUCAGCCACUGUGGACACACACACACACACACUACACCACACCACACCCGAUCGGUACAAAAGACCGCUGGCAUUCGAAAAACAGACGUGCACGCAGGUGAGCACACACACAGACGUGUCCGUGUCGGCGCGACAAGCACGACACAGACGCACACUCGACGAGACGACGAGACGAGAUGGAUGGAUGGACUGAGGGACACGAACAACACGGGACCCACACACGUAAAUGCAAACAGACAGACAGAGGUGACGGACCCGAUCACAUCGUAUCGAUGACGAUAGACGGACAGAUAGACAGACAGACAGACAGACAGAAGGAGAUACCGAUAAGGGGGGACGGGACGGAUGGGGAGACGGGAAAGCAGGAGGAAGAGGGGGAAGCUCAGUAAAAAGGCCGUCAUCAAAGAAUGAUGCACACUCACACUUGUUCGUCCAUCGCCGUCCAGGAGAGCCCCGCUCUCUCGCUCGCAUUCAUCGUUGACAAACACGAUGUAUACACACACGCACACACAUACAACGAAUGCGAUCCACCACCCGCCUCACCCCCUCACUUCGUUGACCCCUCCCCUUUCCUCCUCCUCUCUCUCUCUCUCUCUCUCCCUUGUCAAGUCGAGGCCAACUCUCUGAGCCCCGACCCGAAGCAGUGUUGAUGGACAACACAGGUUCGUGGAUUGAUAGAGCGUUGGCUGCCUUUCUGCUCCACCCACCCAUGCCAUGCCAUGCCAUGCAUCCAGACGCAUCCACACUAUCUGGCCUCACGUAGAAAUCACUACUAAUUGCCUGCCUGCCUGCAUCCGCAGCAGCGUUCUGCCGGCCGCCUGGCUGCCUCGAGAGACUCUCUCUCUCUCCAUCCAUCCACUCACUCACUCACUCAUCCGUCCAUCCAUCCAUCCAUUCAUCGCCCUCUCCCCCCCGAUCCUUCAUUGCCAGAGCCACACAUGUAGGUUGGGAGGUAGAAGCAAGAAAGAGAAAACUCCUGCUUAGAUUACAUUGCCCACGGUAUGAACACACACACACACUCUCUCUCACACACACACACACCCAUAGCUCCCCUUCUGACUUCAGCUACCGGCGGCUGGGGCACUUGGUCGGCUCGUCCGAUGACCACUUGCCGGUCGGCAGGCACAUCCGGGUGUCAGGCCCCUCGGGCCAGUCGUUCCCAUCACACAUGUACUCGAGGAUCUCCAGAUCGUAGCUCGAUACGCUCAGGGUGCGCUUGCGGAUCUCUGCCACGGCCUCCGGAUCGCCUGGGGGCUCCCCGCAGCCCUUGAACGCUGCACACACAAGGGGACAAUCCAGCUCAUGCCAACACUGGGUGUGGGCGGUUCGGUGUUCACUCACCUUGUUUGUCGAAGCAGGUGACCUUUGUGUCCGGGCCGCCAGGUAUCUGUAUGGGCGUCCCCGACCGCCUCGGGACGAUCACACUCCACUGGGUGACCAAAUCGGGAGCCGGGGGCAGGAACUCCGCCGUAGACAUCAACGACAGACAGUCGGGGUUGAUCUCUAGACCCACAAACCAAAACUGCGCCCAGCCGACACGACAAACGAUGCAUUUGUGUCACCCUCCUGUGAGAGUAUGUGUGUUUCUGUGCGUGGGAGGUCACCUGGCCGUUAGGGCACCUGGCGAUAUUCCAGUAAGGCAGCAGCCGAGGGGUGUCGCCGACCGUGAUCUGAGCCCAGUAGGGCGCGCCGGAAUGCACCGUGCUGUUUCUGUCAGGCCAGACCUCAUACAGAGCGAAAUGCGCCUGCGAGCCAACAAACACACCAUCAUCACACAAUAGUCGGCUCACGCAAGCGACGUGUCUUCCAUCUCACCAUUGGGUCCAUUCUGGCGUACCAGCCGCCGGCGUGUGGCGUGACCUGAUCGUGUGCUUGGCCCUCAAACUCCACUGGCCCGCUGGACAGGUACACGAACGGGCAGUACGUGUCGUCGUCAAAUGUCUGGGCCGCUCCACCUGUUGCCCACACGACGCGACAAAGUAGUCUGCAGUGACGCCGACGUUCGUUUUCUCCCCCUCUUUUGAAGGGCAUACGUGGCAAGCAUUUGAUCUCGGUGUCAGGGCGCCACUUGCCGUCCGGCCAGCACCAGACCUGGUCAGGCCCUAGCCUAUCUUGUUCCUGGUCGAUGCAGGCUUCGCUGUAGCCCAUCACCCUGAACAGCCUGAUGUUCUCUAGCGAAGUGAAGAAGGCCCCGCUCUCUGGAAUUAUGUCGAUGGACGACUCGGGCAACGAAUCCUCCGAACAGACCCCUGACAGACACACAGACAGACAGACAGACAGACAGAGAGGGGGAGGGAGGGAGGCAGAGAGAGACACAGAGACACAGAGGGGUUAGAAGACUUUCAUUUAUGUGUGAGUCUCGGGGGGACACGCAGGUGGCUAGCUCACUUGGUCGCACACACUCGAUCUUGAAGUCCUCGAUUUCCACAUAAGCCCUGUCCUCCCUCGCCUCCCACCCACCACCCUCCUCCGGCAGCUCCCCGCCCGCCCCCGCCUUGCUCCGAAAACCCCCCAGGCACACAGCGGCGUCCGACAGAGGCCGCCCCGCACCCGGCGCCCAACCCAUGUGCCACCGGUUGUCUCGCGGGCACCAGAUGAUCAUGUUCUUGAGGAACGUGGGUUUGCCGAUGAAGAGGUUGGGGUGCGCUAUCUGGAUCCAUGCGGGUUUCCCUCCCCAUUCGCCAUUCUGCAUCGAAUUGAGGAAGGUCCUGAGGCCGAGGUCGAUGAUAGCGGAUCGGUCCGCCCAGAGGUAGUAGCCCGCCAGUGGGCUGACUUGCUGGCUCUUGGGGUCGACGCUCAUCGUGGGUGUGGUCACCUUGAGCAGUCGACAGCCGCCUGAUGACGGCCACACACAACGAACAAACAAGAUGCACACCCCACCCACAGACAGACACAGAUGCAUGCGGUCACCGCACUCACCGGUAGGUAUCGGCGGCAGGGCAAUGACGUCCGCAUCCUCUCGCCCGAUCGCCUCCACCGGCUCAUCAGUCCCCUCCUCGUGAUCGCCGUUCUCCGCGGGCUCGCCCUCAGCCGAGGCCGGUGCGGUCGUCACCGCACCAGCACCAGCAGAAGGGGUAGGCUUCGGAGUGCUCGACGUUGUUGUGGUACUCGUCGUUGUCUGGGCCUCCCUCUGGCUUGCCUGCGGACCAACGCUGGCUGGCUCGCCGUUCGACGGCUCCACGAGAGGUGCUGUUGUUUCUGCCGCCGCUGCUGCGCCAGGGCCGUCAACCUCUUCCUGCGGCUGUUCUUGUUCGUCGCAAUCGCCGCCAUCGAGGUUGCAUUUGGCGAUGUUGCAGGCCUCGUCGCAGACACCGUCGCCGAUGAAGUCGAGUUCGCAGGCAUACCCAGAGGCAUCGGCGCACUCGGUUGCUGAUACGGACUCACACGCGGGGCGUGGACAUGCACUAUCACCUGAACACACGACAGACAGACAGAGAGUGGACGCAUUCAUUCACACACGCAGUGUGCUUGUCGUGUGUUUGUCAUCUCACCACCCUGCAGUCGCCGCCUCCCUCGCCUCACUCGACCACUCCCCAUCACCGCCACCACCCAUAACGCCACCAGGACCACCCACACGGCCCUCCAGUGCAUCUGCGAUCCCGAAAAAGAUGAUGGAAACCACUCGCCUCAGGCCCACUGAACGGCCCGUCGGCCCGUCAUCGUGGAGUGGCUGCUGGUCUUCACACUUCUUGGCCUCGGCACGACAGCUGGCGUCCUCCUGAUACUGCUUGUCGCAGACCGACAGAGAGAUGAGAGAUAGGAGGAGGAUUGAUCCAACAGAUUAAGUGAAGCACUCAGGGGUACUGUGCAUCUUCCCAACCACUGUAUGGCAUGGGGCACGAAAAAAACUGACGG